ACGAAAGUGGCCUCUGUCGAAGAUCAAUUCCCCCUGAAAGAGUGUAUCUGAUCCUGAUGGGUGCUCCUAAGCAUAAAUGGACUGAAGAAGAAGAGUCUGCUCUAAGAUCUGCCAUUGUCAAGCAUGGCCCUGGUAGAUGGCGCACAAUCCUCAAAGACCCUGACUUUAGUGAUGUCUUGUUCCUUCGUUCCAAUGUUGAUCUUAAGGAUAAAUGGAGAAAUCUUAAUGUCAUGAUGACUGGAUCCGGAUCUCGUUCAAGGUCUAGUGUUGCUGUUAAAAGGACUGUUAGCUCAUCUCAAAGUGAUGAAGAAAUACUGGAUGCAGUGCCAGUUUCUACUCUAAGGAUGCCUAAUUGGCUGGAUAGCCUUAUAACGGAAGCAAUAUCUACCAUGAAAGCGCCUGGUGGUUCUGGCAAAACAGCAAUUGGUAACUACAUCCAGGAACGAUAUCAGGUACCGCCCAAGUUCAAAAAGAUGCUGUCUUCCAAGCUAAAGUACUUGUCAGCUUGUGGUACUGGUAAGCUUAUCAAGGAUAGAGGCAAGUAUAGAAUUCCAAACUCCACUGCUCUGUCUUUCCACAGAAAAAGACAUUUGGGGACAUCGUCUGGUAAAAAGAGUAUUCCUUCUUCGCCGUCGUCACCUGAAACAGACAGAGAUGAAGUGACUGUUCAGACAAAGUCAGAGGAUGAUGCCGAGUUAGCUAGAAUGAUGAUUUUGGACAUACAAGAGGCGGCUGCAGUUGCUGCACAGGCAGUUGCAGAGGCAGAAGCUGCGAUGGCAGAGGCUGAUGAAGCUGCAAAGCAAGCAGAUGUAGCAGAAGUUGAAGCAGAAGCAGCUCAAGCUUUCGCCGAAGAAGUUUCAAAGACACUGAAAGGCAUAAACAACUGCAAUGUGGUACAAAACACACACUCCUUUAUGACAAACACACAUUAA